AUGCCCCCUCUCCGAGCGCACACCAAAUCCCGCAACGGGUGCGACCAAUGCAGAACUAGGCGGGUCAAAUGUGACGAGCAGGGUCCACCAUGCACCAAUUGCACAAAUCGCGGACUAGAGUGCACCUAUUUGAAAGUGGCUGCUCGUUCCAACCGCACUCCACCAUCAAAUCCUGAACGGUCGGCUCGUUCACCAGGGGCAGGGGUGAAUCCACCACAGGCCAAUUCCUUCAACAUCGACAAUCUAGAAUUGAUGCACAAAUUCUCCACAGACACUUUUCAAAGCCUGUGUGUAAGCGAUUCAGAGACCCAAAUCUGGCAAAUCACCAUCCCCCGACUAGCCCUCAAACAUGAUUAUCUGAUGAAUGGCAUUCUCGCCCUGGCUUCCAUGCAUAUCGCCACUUCGGCCGAACCCGAUGCCCCGCGGUACCACGAUGCCGGGUUACAAUACUACAACCGUAGUCUGACGCCCUUCCGCAAUGCGAUCGACAGUAUCACCCCGCAGAACUGCGAUGCAGUCUUUGCGCACUCGAUUGUCAUGAUUGCCAUUACGAUUGCCUCGCCACGACUCACAGCCACCAAAGAUGAUGGCACAACCAUCACCGAGAAUAUCGUGAUUCUCUUCGAACUCCUCCAAGGCGUCCGAAAGAUCAUGAUGGUCAGUCAAUCAUGGAUCAAGCUAGAAUUAUUCUCCAAAGGCGAAUUCUGGAAGAAAACACCCGAAGAACUAGACCCAGACACCGAAUCCGCAUUAGCUCGCCUAUCAGCCUUAAACGACGAAGUCAUGAUAGGCAUCUAUGCCCAACAGCACCGAAUCAACCGCGAAGUGAUCUCGCACCUGCGCCAUUGCUACGCGAAGUUUGCACGGUCGGCCGAUCCCGCGCCUGUUCUUGCAUGGCUUGCGCGUGUCGAGAAAGAUUUUGUCGAUAGCCUGAGAUGUCGACAGCCAUUCUCUCUGCUCAUUCUUACCUACUGGGGUGUUUUGUUGACCGAGCUGGAUGGGCAGCGGUGGUGGGCGAGGAAUUCGGGCAGAGCGCUGGUCGCCGAGUUGCUUGAUGCUUUGCGAUCUGGGGAUCCACGUUGGGAAAGUGCGCUUUCGUGGGUGCAGAGGAAAAUGUCUUGA